AUGGCCAAGUACAUCUCUCCCGACGAGCUCGCUGCGCUGAUCAAAAGCGACAAGGUCCCGAUGAAAGAUUACUGCGUUGUGGACGUGCGAGAUGAUGAUUACUACGGCGGAAACAUCAAAGGAUCGCAUAAUUCGCCCUCGAAUGGGUUUCUUGCUCGCGUCGAAGAGCUCGUUGCCCAAACGAAGGAAAUCCCGACGGUCAUCUUCCAUUGCGCGUUGUCUCAAGUUCGCGGACCCAAGGCAGCCCGGGUAUACGCCGAGACACGUGAUGCUCUGGAGGCGCAGGGCAAAGACAAGCACCAUGAAGUGCUCGUCCUCCGAGGCGGUUUCCAAGACUUCCAAGCAAAGUACAAAGAUGAUCCCGAGCUUAUCGAAAACUGGAAGAAAGAGGUCUGGGGCGAGUUCGAAUUCUGA